AUGGCUCAACUCCCAUCCAUCCGCUGGGGAAUUCUUACCACGGGCAAGAUUGCCUCCUGGUACGUGGCCGACCUGGUGCUGUCUCGACCAGACGCCAGAGCCCGGCAUAUCGUGCAGGCAAUUGGAACAUCCGACGUCAACAGGGGAAAAGCCCUUGCCCAGAAGUACUACCCACACGAGACCCCAGCCAUAUACGGCAGCUACGAGGAAGUCUACAACGACCCAAAUGUCGACAUUGUCUAUAUUAGCACCCCACAUGCCUUUCAUAAGAAGAAUUAUCUAGAUGCGAUCACGGCUGGAAAACAUGUGCUCUAUGAAAAACCCUUUACUCUCAACGCCCGGGAGGCUAGGGAGGUCUUCAUCGCCGAGGCCAUGUAG